CAAAAUAUGCAUACAUAUAUAGCUACAUACAUGUGUACAGAAAACAAGUGAUCACUGCAAAUAAAAAAAAAAAGUGGGGAUAUGGCCUGUUCCAGUUCCUUUCUGAAUGCUUUGAAUUAAUGGACAUACAAAUGUACAUACAUACAAUAUGUGCAUUCCUAUUCGAAUUGCAACAGCUGACACUUGGUCAAUUGGCAAAAACUGGUGCGCGCUCAGAGUUCGUUGACAGUGACGCGAAGCAGAGCUCAGGCUCAGUCGGUUACUUAGCCAAUUACGGCCUUUUAAUUGCGCAGAGACUUUGGUGCGCGGUCGGUGCUAAUCGGUGCGCGCAUACAACUUUCACUUGUUGUGCAGCAUAUAAAAUCAUAAAAGAUAUGUACAUAUAACACAAGAAAAGCCACUGAAUCAAAAAAACAAAAAAAAAACGAAACAAAAACAUAUAUACAUAGAAAUAUUUCCAUAGUGCGUAGGGUGCAAGUGUGCAAAUGGAAAGCGCUAGAAGCCAACAUAAAAGUGUCAGCGUAAUCCUUGUUCUAUAAUCCGCAUUUUAUUAGUCGUGCAUCAACACAACAAAGAUGUCCUCCAUGUCAUCCAAGUCUCAAGGCAGCCAUAGCAGUGGCACAGCCCACCAUAAAUUCAGCAGUAUCGUCAAUAAGGUUGAGUCGUUGAUCAAUAAAAUGAACAACGACAAAUUUAAUAAUUUUAAACUACUGCAAAGCAAUGCUGCACUUCCUGGCCGGAACUUAGCUGCUCCAAAACAAACGCACUCUGUACGUGAUAAUGCACCACUCAGUUGCCGGACAGAGGACAGAGGCGAUUUGCAAUCCUGUGUGCAGUGUACAAGUGAACAGCAAGGAUUGGAGUCGUUGGAGGACAUUCUCACGAGGACAGCUUCGUUGGAUUCAUUGAAUCAGUUAACAGACGCCGAAGAUGUAUUCGACAAUCACGAUUUGGUUUACACUGAUUCGGAUGAUGCAGAAAUUGCGCACAUAACUGGUACAACAGCGGUGCAAGUGCAUCGCCGCAGCGACUUGGAUCAGUUGACGGAUGAAACAAUUCGAGAGUUCAACGAACAGUGCUCCUCGCUGAGCCACGAUGCGGACUUUGAUAAUGCGUGGAGUGCAGAGGAAGACGAACACAAGUGCUGGACGGCUGUUGGCGUAGAAGCGGGCUGUUGUUGCGAUAGUGAUCAGCAAGAUGAUACUGGUCAAGAUUUCGGCCAAAUGUACAAAUAUGAAAUGUUUAAAAGUCACAACAGCAACAACAACAAUAACAAUAACAGUAAUCAUGGCAGUAACAAUUCCAAAAAUAAUGAAUAUACAAAAUACCAAAGAGACAAAAAUAAUAACAGCAACGAUGAAAAGGAAUUCGUACAAAAGGAUAAUCCUUUGGAAACAAUAUGGGGCUCUAUUCAGAACAAACAACAACAACAACAAUCCGAUGAUGGCAGUGAAAAUGGUUUUGCGAAAGAAGACAACGCCAAUGAAGCUGUUGCAGAUCGCGACGAGGAAAUAGAGUUGCGAGAGAAGGAGCAACAUUCAACGAGUGGAUACGAAAAUGCUUCGAUAAUAAACACAGAUGCAAAUGCCAGUAGCAAUAACAAUAAUGAAAAUAGCGGCAACACGAAUGGCAACCAACAGCAAGGCUCGAAUAAGCCUCGGCGACCCAGUCUUGCCAGCAGCGGAUCUGUCGGCCGUAUGGAAACCAUAGUCGAAGAACCGGGCGAGUGUAAAGUAUCUGUUAAAGAAAUAUUAGCACGAUUUGAGACAAUGAGCCUGACAGAGAGCCAAUCGAAAGCUUCCACCUUGUCUUCGGGUGCCCGUGCAGCUGCUCAAACACUAAAUGUCCCCAUCGAACGCCUGGAAUCGCGCCAAUCGAACCAUCGUGAACAUGGAAACGCGGUCAAUAGCCAUAACGGUAUGGCAGCAAUGAACUCUUCGAGCGGACAUGAACAUCAUCUGGAAAAGUCCGUUGGUCUGCAACAUGGGCGUCACAGUGCCGACACGGAGGUCGAUGUCCACCAUGACGCGCACCAUUUGCUGGACAGUGAGGCCGAUUCUAUGAUCCCAAAUGCGAGCACACACACGGAGGCGCAAAAGGAACGCCAUCAGUAUACAAAGCAGGCGAGUUACCUGCAUUCAGCGCGCAAAACAUCCAGCAGCCAGCAGCAAAUGCAGCAACAGCCCCAGCAACCGCAACCGCAACCGCAACCGCAACAACAACAUCAACAAAUGCUUGCUCACAAUCAUGCUGCGAUGCCACAUCAUCUUGAUGCUAACUACAUGACGGAGGAACCCAAUGGCAGCGGCGGCCCCUCGCCGUCCGUCACUAAAUAUUCUCUUCUUCAAUUCGCCAUGCAGCACUUCCGAAACGAUCAGUAUCCUGAAGUUCGUGCGCACACCCGCGAUCCAACUCGAGACCACGGCGAUCGCCGGACUCCUUCAUAUGCGGAUCUUGUGAAAUGGCAAGGCAUCCCCAUUCGUAUGCCACUGCUGCGGUUGCCCAAUGACUUAGCUCCUUUAGCGCUCGAGUGCUUUGAAUGUAUUUUGCGUUAUUGCGGUGAUAUACCACACGAUCCUGAGCUGACUGAAGUUAAGUGUGUCUACACAGUGCUUAUGCAUUGUCAUAAAUAUUUGGCGCUUCGCGAUGAGGUUUAUUGUCAGUUGAUGAAACAGACGACUGCCAAUCGCUCUCCGUGUCCGGACUCUGCGCAGCGUGCAUGGCGUCUGCUAAGCAUUUUAGCAGCCUACUUUGGAUGCUCCGAUGCGCUACGCCCCUACCUAAUGGAACACUUGACUUCGGCCGCUUCGGAUCGGAGGCGUUCUUGUCACGGUACGGCAGCGGUUUGUUUAGCUAAUCUGCGUAAAACAGCGCGAUGUGGCGGUCGGAAGAACGUUCCAAGUGUAGAAGAAGUUACUGCUGUAUCUGCUGGACGUUCAGCACGUCGUCAAAUUUAUCGCCUGCCAGGAGGGGCGGAACGUGUCGUCAACACUCGUUGUUCAACAGUGGUCGCUGACGUCAUUGCCGAACUUUGUGCGCUGCUUAGCGUGGAAUCCGAGGCUGAGCAGCAGGAGUUUUCUUUAUACUGUAUUGUACAAGGCGACGCCUUUACGAUGCCCCUCGCUGCGGACGAGUAUAUAUUAGACGUUACAACGGAGCUCCUUAAAUCCGGCCAGCCAUUCUACUUGAUAUUCUGUCGCUCAGUUUGGCAUUUCCCUCUAAAACGUGAUCCUGCACCAACGCCUCUCUAUGUGGAGGUGCUUUUCAAUCAAGUGGCGCCAGAUUACCUAGAGGGUCUGCUAUUGGAAAUACCUAGCAAUGGAGUGCCUAUUCCAGAGAUUGUGCGCGACAUGGCCCGUAUAGCUGCGCUGCUUCAUCGCGCCGCUGAUCUAACACAUGUUCCGGCUAUGAAAGAAAUUAAAUUCCUUCUGCCUAAACCGGCGUUGGGCAUUCGCGAAAUUCGUCCGGCGCAAUGGGUGGGGUUAGUGCAAUCUGCCUGGCCUCAAAUUGCUGGCUUGACGCCGGGCCAAGUGAAGGCACAAUUUCUUACGGUGCUGUCGGCGUGGCCCUUGUUCGGCAGUAGUUUCUUUGCAGUGAAACGCAUUUGGGCCGAGGAGGGACCACAUGUCGAAGACACCAAUCCAAUGUGGCGUGAUCUGAUACUGGCCUUAAAUAGACGUGGUGUGCUAUUCCUGGAUCCAAACACGCAUGAAACGCUACAGCACUGGCCAUUCAUGGAAGUAAUUUCCACCCGCAAGGUUCGAUCGGAGGACGGUGCUCUCUUUCUGGACAUGAAAGUUGGUAAUCUCAUGCAACAGCGAGUAAUACGGGUCCAGACUGAGCAAGCGCACGAGAUAUCACGACUCGUACGCCAAUAUAUAACAAUGGCACAAAUAAGCCAGAGGGACAAACGGGAAAUGAAUUGAAAUCCAUUAAGAGUAUAAAUUAUUUAAUAUCGUUGAUUCUUUACACAUAUGUACAUACAUAAAUGUAUACACAUGCGUGUACCAUGGUUAUAAGUUUUAUAUAUCGAGG